CGCUCGUCGUCCCCCUCCUCCCCGUGUUCACUUCCUCCGCCUUGGUCCAACCGAGGCAUCCAUUCUCUCCCCAACUCGCUCAUUGAUUCCGGUUUAGCAAGAAAAGAAGCAAAUACCCAACUUCGACCCUUUCAAGUAACAAACCCGCGUUAUUUCCCAGUGUCCAACCAUGACGGCGCAGUUCGGUCGCACUCCUCAAAUGACAAAGCCGCUCGCUCCGCGCCCAAAGGCAGACGACCCCAAUAGCAGAUCAUCUGCCUACAACAUGUAUGACAACUACCUCGACGACGACGCCAAGCGCCAAUCCGGCGCGGCUGCACUGGGCAUGUUGAUGUCGGGCGCAAUGGACGACUCCGAUUCGGACGACGACGACAUCCCGCCGCCGCGUUACAACGUGCAUACCCCUCCCGCCUCUCCUCCCUCGGAGAAGAAGAAGAAGCAAGAUCCGUUCGCCGACCCGGCAGGCACGCUGCACGUCCAGAACCAGCACCAGCACCAGCCGAUCCCGCUCGCUGCCCCCAAGCCUGGCUACGUCGCGCCCGUGACGCAGUUCAGCCUGAAGUCACCCCCGCCCGCCGCGAUGCGCUCUCCCCAACCCGAGAUGCACCGUCAGCAGCCCCAGAUCCAGAUGCCCAUGCCGUCGCCUUCGCAGGCGCAGUUCGCCUCCGCGAUCCCGCGCAGCCCGACGUCGGUGCCUUCCACGCCGCACCCGCUCCCGGCGCUCUCGCCAAUCACGCCCGUCUUCGCGCGCCCCGCGAAGCCCCAGUCCGACGACGGCGUCAAGUUUGACGAGAAGGCGAUCAUCCGUGGCAAUGGCGAGGAAACGCUCAUCCCCCGCCGCGGCGAGAAGGGCGACGACUUCUGGCGCCGGUUCAGCAUGGUUGUCAAGGAGGAGGCACACAAGAAAGACAAGGAGAGCAGCUGGCUGAAGAAGACGCGCUCCGGACACUCGCAUUUCUCGCGUUGGGUCUGGGUUAUUGGAUUGCUGCUGCUCGCUGCUGUUGUUGGAGCGAUCGCACUUGGAUGGUAUGUCUCUCACAACGACCCCUCGCACGUCGCGCCCAAGGCCAUUGGUGGCUCGGCCGACGAGCACUCGGCCACCUCUUCCGCCGCCGCCACGACCAGUGGUGUGCUCGCAGCGAGCUCGUCGCCUCAUGUCAGCCCGACGAAGACCGUCGAGAAACGCGCCGCAGAGGCGUUCCCCACCGGCGCUGUGCAGAAGCACCGAAGGCACGCCGAGCACUUGUCGCGCUUGAGUUUGGAUUGAAGCCCGAACUUACGGUGGUCUCCAUCCGAUAUCGGUCGAAGGAAGGACCCGCACCUUCUUGGACUCCGUACAUUCAUGCUCUUAUACCAGCCAUGAUUGUGUCCUCUUCCCUUGCUACACUGCACCCUGGGCUGCAAGCGUCCUCGCACUCAUCUUCAGUAGAAGAUAAGCAUGCGUGGGCGCGACCACCCGUCCACUCGUUUAGACACCACGCCUGAUACGCACACAUUUUGUAUCUCAUACCUCAUCGUACUCCUCGUCAUAGUGCUCCGCGGAUUCUCUGUCUCUUAUCCUUAUCAUUUCUCUCUGCACAUAUACCGUUUCGGUCUUCUUGGUGACAUCAAUGGUUCCAUUGCUCGCUGCCGCUGUUCAAUGUACCCUUCGACAUGAUCAUCUCCCUUUGUGGAUGCAUGACAAUACACUCGUGGCCGUUCAUAC